AUGGGCGUAUCUUGUUCCGUACCCAGAGUGAGUUGCUGCAAGAGGGAUUUACCAGUAAAUCCAAAUGAGGCUGCUCUCAUCCCAAAUGGUGGCUGCUCCUGUCGCACCGCCUCCUCCCCCGCGGCCCCGCCCACCUCUCCCUAUCCACCGCCCACCGCUCACCACCUACCGCCCACCGCUUACCGCCCACCGCGCUUCCGAGGACCGGAGGCCCCGCCCCUCCAAGCGUUCGCCGCCGGGCGCCCGGAAGCCGCGACGACCCGCGCGGAAAGUGCGCUGAGCAAACGCAAUCGCGCUUCGUUGCGCGAUGUAAGUGAGCUGAAAAUCCGCAAGCGAUUGUGGGCAUGCUGAGAAUACGCCGCCGCGAUGCCGCGCCCGCUCUAGUCCUCGUGCACCAGCUCGCUCCCAGGUG